AUGGAUAGAAUCAGUGGGUUAGCAGAUGAAUUGCUGGUUAAGAUAUUAUCAUCUGUUCCAACAAAACUUGCUGUAUCCACUAGCAGCUGGAUGUGGGUUCCUAAACUCGAGUAUGAAAUUACUGGUUACAAACCAAAGCCUGCACUUCGGGCUUUUAUCGACAAGAACAUGCCAUUACACAAAGCUCCGGUCAUAGAAAGCUUCCACCUUAAAUGUUCUUUUAAAUCGUUUCAACCCGAGGAUAUUAAUCAUUGGCUUGGAAUUGCAGUUUCUCUCUAUGUGCGUGAGCUAAGUAUCGAAUAUAGGUCUUUCAGUUACGAUCCUGAUGUGUUAUUGCCUAGUAGCUUGUAUACCUGCGAAUCGCUCGUGACCUUAAAACUUAAAGGCAUGAUUGUUGUGGAUGUUCCUCGAAUGGUUUCUCUCCCUUCCUUGAAAACUUUGCAUCUUCGAGACGUGAGAUACGUAAACGAAGAUUCUCUUCGGCUGCUUCUAUCCUAUUGCCCUGUGCUGGAAGAUUUGGUCAUUGAAGUAGAUGGGACUGAAAAUGUGAAGGCCAUAGUCGUUAUUGUCCCGUCCUUGCAGAGGUUAUCAUUGCAGAUAGGUUCUGGGUGUUCUUCUGAUGGGUAUGUGAUAGUUACCCCUUCAUUAAAGUAUUUCAAAGUUGAGGAUGAUAGAGAUCAGUUCUCCUAUUUGAUCGAGGAUAUGCCAAAGCUUGAAGAGGCAGAUAUCAAUGUUUAUGAUGAUCUCCAGAGGCUUUUCGAAGCAAUCACAUCCGUCAAAUGUCUUUCAUUACACCGGUUCUUCAACAGCGAAGAAGAGUCUGUGUAUCGCUCUGGUAUUGUUUUCAGACAGCUUGAGCAUCUGAAGCUAUGUAUAUGCACCGAUUAUUGGUCAAAGUUACUAGUCAGGUUGCUCAAAGACUCUCCUAUACUGCGAGUACUCAAUCUUUACGUCGAUGCUAGUUAUGAUCCAAGUCUUGAGCAGUAUGAACGGAUAAGUUGGGACAAUAAACAGAGUUCUGUUCCUAAAUGUUUGUUGAAGAGUCUUGAAACUUUCGAGUUUGUAGGGUACAGGGGAAGACCAGAAGAGAGAGAUUUCUUGAGUUUUAUGUUCAAAAAUGCCAAGUGCUUGAAAUCUACAUCAAUCUUGCGCUGA